CCUCAUCCCUCACCCAUGUGUGGCAUGCACCUUAUUUGUACCGGUGGUAUAGCAGGUUUCCACCCCAUCAACACCAUACGUCACUCGGAACGGCCGUCCGCACACCGGCCCGACUGCAGCGCAACCUCAUCCCAGUUCGCAGAAAUAAAAAGCCGCCCUGUCCCACGUCUUGCUGCUGUCGCCAGCCGUCCGUUCGUCCCCCCAGCCAGCGCUGCGAGUCCCCCGCAUCGCUGAGUCGCAGCUGCCCGCCCUCGUCAUACCGGUUCGCUUUUGGCAAACUGCCGCACUCUCUCCAGCUGUUUUGCUCGGGAUAGACCCCCAGCCUCCACCAUGUCGUUCUCCGGCUUCUCCUUCAUCUUCUGGCGCAUCAUGGAAAUCAUCACGCUGAUUCCCACGCUGGGCAUGCUCGCAUGGUUCGUCGAUUGGUACAACGACAGGAGCCUGCUCACGCCGCAAUCUGUCCUGGUGCUCUUCGUCGUCUCGGUACUGGGCGCGGCGUGGGCGCUUGGGACCCUGUUCCUCUAUGCGCGCGCCCGCCACUCGGCCGGCUUCGUCGCCUUCGUGGACCUCCUCUUCGUCGGCGCAUUCAUCGGCGCCGUCUGGUGCUUGCGCGGCAUCGCCGAUGCGGACUGCUCGCACUGGCGCUCCAACGGCUCCUACAACGCAGACCUCGGUCUCUUUACCGUCUCGGGGAACAGCUAUGCCCUCAACAUCGACAAGCAAUGCGCAAUGCUCAAAGCUAGCUUUGCGUUCGGCAUCAUGAACUGCAUCUUCUUCUUCCUUACCUUCCUCCUCGCCUUGCUCGUCCAUCGUCACUAUGGCGACGACCGAGACCGAGUCGUCGUAAAGCGCGAGACUCACUACUCCCGCCACGGACACCGCGGCCACCGAUCGCGCAGCCCGCGACACUCGCACCACAGCCGCCGCAGCUACGUUUAGGCCCCUCGUUCAUUGCGGGGAGAUAUAAGGCAGGCAUGGGAAGCGAUA